GGUAAAUUGACUCAUUUGUGUUAUUGAAGAGUUCAUAGAGAAACAAUCUAAAUCUAAUCUAAAACUAGAUUUAGAUAGAUCUAGAUUUUAUAGAUCUAACAAUAAACAAGUUGUUAUAUAUUUAUUUUUAUGAUACCAGAUUCUGUGGUUUGUAUAUAAUGACUUAUUGAAAAUCAAAUAUGUCAGAAGAAAACAAGGACAGUGUACCUUCAUCACCUCCUCUCCAAAAGAAAGGAUCCUAUGAUAUUGACUUUGAUGCACUUGAUGAUUCAGUUAAUCCUUUUGCUCCAAAAGUUAAACUUGGCUCAUCACCUCCCAUUCGAGCAGGAAACUUAAUGAUUGAUGAAAAUGUUGACCCAUUCAAGCCUAAGAAAAAGCUAGUCAACUCUCCACCAAGAUCUCCUAUCACUGCCCCUGAAAGUUUUUCCAGUCUAGGAACUGAUUUGGAUAGGAGUGUAGCCCUGUCUGAAAAUGGCAGAAGUGAAGACACAGAUGGUGGUAACAAUCAUCUUGAUUCAUCUGUAAAUAUAAAAGAAUCACAUAGUGGAUCUGAAAGUAUACCUAAGCCCAAGAAAGUUAUUAAGAAACCAAAGAUGCAAUCUAAAUUGAAACCCCCUAAAAGUAUAAAAUCCCCACAGAUAGUUUCUGAUGAAAUCCAAGUUUCUGAUUCUAGUUUUGAAGUUGAGAAUAAACCACUUGCGGAAUCAUCACCAAUGCCAAGUAAAAUAUCACCCAAGAAAUAUCAGUCAGAACUCUCUAAUGACAUCGAAACAACAUAUCAUAAAAAUCUGACACAGGAGACUAAUCUGGGAACUGAGCAUCAUUUUGAUGAGCAUGACAAUCUAGAUGGUGAACUUGCAAAUGAAGGGUUUGCACCCCUUGGAGAAGUUUUUGAUAAUGAUCUAGCUUCUUCAAAUUCAGCAUUUCAAAAAGAGGAAAGUGUUUUCAAGAGAAGAGAUGAAGCCUCAUUCUCAGACUCUUUUUCAUCGGAGAAACCAUCUCGACCAUCUCCCUCACAUACUCCCAAAGUACUGAAACAAAGGGAGGACGAUGCUGUAUUGAACACACCUCCUCAGGUGAAAAAAGUGGAGGACAGCUAUCUCACACCUGAGUCACCACAGAAAGACAUAUCUAGAGGAUCGGACAAGAACGAGUCUAGUUCCGAGGACAGCCAGUUUUAUGACGCUUUUGAUUACCCCCCUGCACCAUCAACAAAAUCUAAGCUGGGACAGAAAAACAGCAGUGGAAUGGAGAGAGGAAGCUCCAGUCAGGACGAAGGGGGAAAUAAUAAGGAUGCAGUGGUGCAGCUUGUGCAGAACAGACCUAAUUUUUCUUUAAGAAAGGUACUGCGCUAUUCUCAGUCUGAUUGGAAGAAAAUGAAACAAGAAUUGGAGCUCAACUUUCAAGCUAGUCUGUUGAAUAAAGAACGUGAAUGGAGCCUAAUGCUUGGAGAGAGGGACAAAAAAAUCUCGAGUCUUGAAGAUGCCAAUGCUAAGCUGAAACACACAAAUGAUGAAAUGAGAAUGAUUGUAGCUGAUUUUGAAAAAACCAUUUCCCAAUUACAAGCUGAAAAAGACAAGACCAAAACAGACUCAAAAAAAAUGAUUCAGUCUCUAGAAAGUGAAAGGGAUCAGGCAGUAGAAGAUCUUCAGUCUGUUGAGUCUGCUUUCUCUGACCUGCAUCGCCGUUAUGAAAAAAGCAAGUCAAUUAUUGAAGGUUUUAAACGUAAUGAAGAACAACUGAAACAAUGUGUGGAGGAUCUGCAAGGAAAACUUAAAAAAGCAGAAGGAAAAUUACAGGCCAUCAGAUCCCAGGCUGAAGAAAAAUUAGAUAAAGCUAAUGAGGACAUUGAGAAAAUCAAGAAGUCUACUAAGCAGGAUAUAAUUCGCUUGGAGGCAGCACUAAAGAAAGCUGAAUUGCGUACAUCAAAUCUAGAAGAAAGUCUUCAAAGAAAAGAAAAAGAAAAUCAGGAGUUGACAGCCAUUUGUGAUGAGUUGAUAUCCAAAGUUGGUUCUUAGCUGAAAGUAAUAGACCCUGACAUGAUUAUCAUCUUCUCUGUGAGUGACAUCACAACUUCAAGUACAUCAGCUGAAACAUUGCAUAAACUUUGUAAUUGUAUUUUGUUUUUGGUGCUACACACAUCUUUGAAUCAUGCUGUUGAACCCAAUCUGAUGGCUGGUUGUGCAUAAGUCCACAUCGUCGUUGCUGAUAAAAAACAAUGGAUAAUUGUUUGAUUAGGGAUAGAACUGAUAAAACUGGGAAUUAAAACUGAUAAUGUCAACAAAAUACUUUUUUUCUGAUCUGGCCACAUUCCAAAGAACUAGACGUUUUUUUGUCCCAACAACUAUGCUUGAAUCCCUUGUUAACCACUGUUGUUUUACUUUGAAAAUAAAUUAGCUCACAAUUUAAUAUUGAAUAUAAAUUAGCACAAUAUUUAGUUAGAACACUAAUUAGCACAACGUCAUAAUUCUUUUAGAAAAGGUACUCAUUAUUUUAUCUUUGCUUUCAAUUAGUGUGUGUGUGUGUGUUAUAAAUAAUUGUAGCUCUUAAACAAACUCACUCAGUAUGUCUAGUCAAUUUUCUUUCAGUUUGCUUCAGCACAAAAUAUUUAUUCUUUUUAAGAAAAUAAUCUAUACUGUAAAACUUGUGAUAUAUUUUUUUUCCAAUCAGUUCUCUCAUUGCCCAGCAGUUCAAUAAUAAAAUUGUGAUAGAUGAGAAGAUAAAAUUGUUUUCAUUCCUAGUGAUUGGCUUCACAGCAGCCAGAAUGAUUGUUAUAAUGAGUUUUAUGAAUCUGCUUAACAUUUACAUGUGAUUCACUUGCAUAUAAAUAUUUCGACAUUUUUGUAAUUUAUUGUAUUCAUUUGAAUGAACUUUUCAUUACUCCUCACUGGUAGAAGUUGUACUGCCUUUUGUGUGUUGUGUGCUUUACUGAAAGGAAAUUAGUUGGUACAAGUGUGGACAGGGUGAUGUUUAUCUCUGUGAUGUUUUGAAUACAUGGGAAACACUAUUGGCAUUUGUGCUUUCACUGGCUGUGUUACAUGGAUACAUAUUACGAUAAAGAUUGUGAAGGUUCUAUUAUAUAUGUAUAUAAAGUAUCAAUAUACUAGAA